AUGGCUUCUGCCAAUCCCGAUGUCAAUUCCUUUGUCGCUGGCUCUAGCAUGGUUUUGAACUGGGAAAUAGAUGUCAAGGUCUUGUUUCCAUUUUGGAGAACUUAUGGUAUUCCUGGAAUGCUGAUCACUAGCAUCUGCAUUGGAGUGUCCUGCUUUCUUCUCGAAUGGUUUAGAGAGUAUCGACACCAUCAAGAUCCACAGUGGCUCAAUCAAUUAGAAUCCUUUGCAUACACCAAUACACCCUCAACGCAAUCCAUAGAUGACAUUCCUCUUCAUACCCGAUUGCCAACUCAUACACCAUCUACACUCCAUAUGUCUCAUGAAUCAGUCUUGAGCAAUUCAGAAUGGCAAAGUGCAAAUACAGAUGUAGAGCCUACUAACCCAUCCUGGGCAACUUUGCAAGAAGUCCCAAUUGCUCAUGGGUUUGGAACCCCAGGUGAUACCAACAGUGUUAAUUUGAAGUCUCCAAUAGUACCUCCUAUGCGACAUUUGGAUCGAAUGGGUGGUAGCAAGACUUCACGCAAUGGUAGAGGUAUCUAUGACAGCGGAACAAGACGAGUGGCUGCCAGUGCUUCAUGCUAA